AGGAGACCCUGGAAGAGCUCCGCCAACUCAACAGUCAAACAGAAAAACCGCAGCAGCAGCAGCAGCAACAACAGCAGCAACAGCAGCAGCAGCAGGAGCAGCAGCAGGAGCAGCAGCAGGAGCAGCAGCAGGAGCAGCAGGGGGAUGUGCAGGAGGUAUCGGAAUCAUGGGAUCUCACUGAGGGUCUCAAUUUCAUUCCUCAGCAGCAGCCACAACAACAGCAGCAGCAGCAGCAGCAGCAACAGCAGCAGCAGCAGCAGCAGCAGCCUGUGCUGCUGCCGUUUGACUUGUUGUGUGAUGAUGUAGGGACUGCUUCUCCUCCUAAGUUUUCAAUUAACUUUGAAUUGAUGGAUGAGACCCCUACAGACAUAAACCCUUAUGCUGCACCCCCUCCUGUAAUAGAGUGCGGGCCCCCAGUCUUGCAGCAGCAGCAGCAGCAGCAGGGCAGCAGCAGCAGCAGCAGCAGCAGUACAGCAGCAGCAGCAGGGCCUACAAAAACAAAGCAGAGACAUAUAAGAAAGAAGUGGUGUGUAGAGGACAAAGCAGAUGUCUCUUGCUUCAGAAAAGCUCUCAGGGAGAUCCGAAGAGAGCGUGCUGCUGCUGCUGCUGCUGCUGCUGCUGCAAGACAGCAGCAGCAGCAAGAAGGAGGUAGCAGCACAGCUGCGUUAGAGUCCCUACUCAGGGCCCAAGUAGCCCCUCCCCCAGAUGCCAGCACAGCAGCAGCAGCAGCAGCAGCAGCAGCAGCAGCGCCUGCACCCCCAUCUGCCUCUCCACCCUCAGCAGAUGCAGCAGCAGCAGCAGCACCAGCAGCAGCAGCAGAAGCAGCAGCAGCAGCAGCAGCAGCAGAAGAGGAUCUGUCUCCUGAGGAGGAGCCUCUUGCUAUUGAGUUUGGGUUCCCUCUCGAUGAUUUUCAGAAGAGAGCAAUCUUACGAAAGACGGUGGUAGCGGAGUAUGCUAUCGCUCUCGCGUUGCAGAGGAGGCGGCGGUGUAUAUUCACCUCUCCUUUGAAGGCCCUCUCAAAUCAGAAGUAUAGAGAAUUCAAGCAAAAAUUUCUAUCCGUAGGGCUGAUAACGGGGGAUAUUUGCAUCAAUCCCGGCGCCGCCUGUCUCAUCGUCACCACAGAAAUCCUCAGGAGUCUCCUUUUCAGGGGAGACGAAAUGAUAGGACAGCUGGAUACUGUAGUUUUUGAUGAAGCGCAUUAUGCAAACGAUGCAGAGAGAGGAGUGGUAAACGUAGUGUUAUUGUCAGCAACGCUGCCCAACUAUGUAGAGUUUUGCGACUGGUUAGGGUCUGUGAAAUCUAAAGAAAUUUUUGCUCAAAGUACUACGAAGAGACCCGUCCCUUUAAGACAUUAUCUCUUUUCUAGAGAUAAACCCUUUCUUCUUAUUGAUGCUAAUAACCAAUUCAACUCAGCUGAGUGUCUGAAGCGGCUGACCCCUGCGGAUCGCGAGUUGAGGCAAAUAGACUUUGUUUUGAAUUUAGUUAAAAGAGGAAUCGGUAUUCAUCAUGGAGGUCUUCUCCCGCUCAUCAAGGAGAUGAUAGAGAUAUUAUUUCAGCGGGGCUUGGUGAGGGUUUUGUUUGCUACAGAGACACUUGCA